CAACCAUUACGCGGACAUUGUCCAAACACAGAGUGCGGAUGAAGCAGCUCUACACUGUUCCCUUUGAGAGGAACAGUGAGAGGGUCAAGGAGCUACGACGACAAUAUGUCCAGAGAGUUAUGGAAUUGGAGGCCAACCAGGCCCCUCAUGAAUUCAUAUACAUCGAUGAGGCAGGAUUCAAUCUGGCCAAAAGGCGUCGACGUGGACGAAAUGUAAUUGGAAAAAGGGCCACAGUUGAUGUGCCAGGACAGAGAGGGGCAAACAUUACCAUGUGUGCAGCAAUUGCAAAUGCAGGAUUACUCCUUCACAGAUGUCAGGUUGGACCCUAUAAUACAGAGCGCUUGCUUGCCUUUCUCAAUGAUCUCCACCAGCGCCUGGUUCCAGAGCAGGGUCAGGAGGGUGAAAACAUGAGGACCUUUGUAAUUACCUGGGACAAUGUGGCUUUCCAUCACUUGCAAGCAAUAACAACAUGGUUUGAAGUCCACCCAAGACUGGUAAGUCUCUUCCUUCCACCCUAUUCACCUUUCCUCAACCCCAUAGAGGAGUUCUUUUCUGCAUGGAGGUGGAAGGUUUAUGACCAUCAGCCACAUGACCAGAUGUCCCUCCUUGAAGCCAUGGAUGCCGGCUCCAGGGACAUCACAGAUGUGACAGCUGCUGUCUUGUCCAUCUGUGGGCGCACCUGCCCACCUCCCAAGUGGUGUCCCAGAUACUAUAUCUCCUUCUGUCCAACCACACGGUUCUUCGGGAGGCCCGCCUGCCUCGGGGACUCCAGGACUAUGGCCACCCAAUACACACGCUCCACCCACUUCAUUCCCCUUGCGGUAGUCAGCAUCGCCAUCUUUCUACACCACAAGAACUAUGGAGCUAUACCAUGUACUGUGUGA